UCGGAGAGCGGCGCCGAGCCGACGAUGUGGCACAACGUGCACGUGUCCAACGUGUCGCUGUCGGUGUCCGAGUCGGCGCUCGCGCGCGUCUUCGCCGGGUGCGGACGCGUGUUAGACUGCCGGACCUGCGGGGACUGCGGGGACAAGAAGAAAUUCGCGUUCGUCGCGUUCGAGACGUCGCACGAGGUGGAUCAGGCGCUGACGCUGGACGGGUUCGUGGUGGACGGCCGCGCGAUCAGAGUCACGCGAUCGAAAACCGCGGUGAUACCGGUGAACCCGGGGCUGCUUCCCACGUCCGAGGCGGACGUCGAGCGCUGCGGGCGGACGGUGUACGUCUCGAACAUCGACCCGACGACGUCGGACGAUGAUCUGAAGCGCGCGUUCGAGGCGAACGCCGGGGCGAUUCGGCGGGCGCACGCGUUGUCGUCGUCGCGGCGGGACGCGCGAAACGCGUUCAUCGAGUUUGAGAACGCGUCGAGCGCGGUGAGCGCGUUGGGGAUGAGCGGGCGGGUGAUUGGCGCGCGUAAGGUGCGCGUCGUGCCGUCGAAGACGCCGUUGAAG